AUGCGGGCGCAAAAAUUUAAGGAGAUGGACGGCAAGAAGAAAGAGUACGAGGAGGAAAUCGGGAACAUUCUCAGAAAAGUCAUGGAGGUAAGCUACCAAAGAAAGAAAAACUCCGAGGAGAUUAUUUCUCUUCUGAAAAGCAUCCGGCAGGAGGAAGAGCCCUCCUCUGUGAGCCAGUCUAUACUAAGCGAGUACUCUGUUCUUAAAGAAAGAGUGAAGAACAAUCUGGGAAUGAAAGAGUCCAAGUAG